GAUUUUGCUUUCAUUCAGUGGAUGCUCAGUGCCCCUUAAGCAGCUUGGAUUUAAGUGUUUACCAUCCGGACACCAGGUGACACUGUGGGUUGUAGCUGUGAAUUUACAGCUACAUGUUGGGACAUUUGACGUGUUGCAGGAUCUAGUAACAUGUUGAGAAUUCAGAUGUUAUUGUUUCUCCUGGUUUGGUGGGUUUCAAAUGCUCGGCAAACCACAGAAACACCCACAGAGGCAACACCAACAGAGACCAGCACAAGAGCAACAGACAUGGCACCAACAAUGACAACUGCUAUGGAGACAACAUCGAUAGCAAUGACAUCAAUACCAGCGGAGACACUGCCAGCAACAUUUAUACCACCAGAAACUACAAUGUCAGAGAAGACAACAGCAAUUGGGACAAACCUAGCAUUGACGCCAACACAGGUCAUACCACAUGGAACAAUGGCAAAUGAGUCGAGACCAUCUGAUAGUCCAGAAGUGACAACACUCAACAAGACAAAACCAACAGAGACGACACUGGUCAAGAUAACACCAGAAGGGAAAAUGGUAAACAAGACAAUACCAACAGAGACAAGCACUAGAGACACAAGAACAACGAAGAUGGCACCAACAAUGACAACUGCUAAGGAGACAACAUUGAUAGCAAUGACAUCAAUGCCAGCGGAGACACUGCCAGCAACAUUUAUACCACCAGAAACUACAAUGUCAGAGAAGACAACAGCAAUUGGGACAAACCUAGCAUUGACGCCAACACAGGUCUUACCACAUGGAACGAUGGCAAAUGAGUCAAGGCCAUCUGAUAGUCCAGAAGUGACAACACUCAACAAGACAAAACCAACAGAGACGACACUGGUCAAGAUAACACCAGAAGGGACAAUGGUAAACAAGACAAUGCCAACAGAGACAAGCACUAGAGACACAAGAACAAUGAAGAUGGCACCUACAAUGACAACUGAUAAGGAGACAACAUCGAUAGCAAUGACACCAGUGCCAGCGGAGACACUGCCAACAACAUUUAUACCAUCUGAAAGUACGCUAAACCAGACAAUGUCAGAAGGGAUAACUGCAACUACGACAAAACCAGCAUUUGCGUUAACACAGAUCAUAUUACACGGAAAAAUGGCAAAUGAGACAAGACCAUCUGAUAGUCCAACAAAGAUAACAGAGGUGACACCAGAAGAGACAACACUAAACAUGAUAAGACCAACAGAGACAACACCAAAAAGGACAGUGGUAAACAGUACAAGGCCCAGCAAGACAUCAUUAGCAAAUACAAGCAAGAGAAGUCCAACAUCAAUAACACCCACACAUAUGGAGUUGAUGCCAGAAGGUACAAAAGCAAAUGGAAUAAAAUUACAGACUGCCAAAACUGAGAACAUGCCAAAAGAGAUGCCAACAGAGAAAGCGAAAACGGCAUCAGUAACAGCUGGUACUAUGACUGGAGCCACAAGAAACAAUGAAGUAGAGGAGGUAGACAGUGUUUUUGGGUUUCGGAAAGAAAAUAUUAACAUUGCUACAGAAGAAGCUGAACUUUGCACUAUAUGGAGUGUGUCCACGUCCACAAUGACUACUAAUCCAGGUCUAAUAGAGAAGGUGGAGAUUGCAAGCACAACAGGUACAGACGGGUUCAGAGAGGGGAGUGGCAUCUCGUUGCACCAGCUGAUCAGAGAUCCUCCGCCAAAUGACAUCACCAGGACUAAUGGGCCGAGUGGCGAAACUAUCUAUGUGUUCACUUCUGCUGCAGUGUCCAGCCAACCAGCUCUGGCCCACGUUCCCAACCCUUUUUACCGGCAUUUCUCCCUUCUCUUCAACAUCAAGCCAUCCACUCCUGCUGCCUCUGUUCUCUUUUCAAUCACAGAUGGGUCCCAGAAGCUUAUGUAUAUUGCCGUCAAGCUCAGUGAAGUGCAGUCCGGACAUCAGAACGUGCAGUUCUUUUACACUGAACCUGAUUCUGAGGCUUCCUAUAAAGCAGCAAGCUUUGAGGUGCCAAGUUUGGUUGGCACAUGGAGCCGCUUCUCCUUGGCUGUCUUUGAAGAGCAAGUCACAUUCUACCUGGGCUGUGAUUCUGAGCCACAAGUGGUAAAGAUUGAGCGCUCACCCGAUCCAAUGGAGCUCGACCGAGGAGCUGGCAUUUUUGUAGGUCAUGCAGGAGGAGCUGACCCUGAUAAGUUUCAGGGUGAGAUUGCAGAGCUGAGAGUGGUGGGAAAUCCUCACAUUGCAGAGAGUUUGUGUGACAACGACGUUGAUGCUGCCUCAGGUGACUUUGGCAGUGGAGAUGGUGAUGGGACACAAACAGGACAUACUCUAAAAGCACACAGUGUAAAGACCACAGCUGCACCCCUUCAUCCAGUGCCUGAACCUCCUCUUGUCUUCUCAGAGGGAAGAGAACUCCUAGAAUCAAGCAAAGGUCAGAGCGGUCCUGAAGGUAAAGCAGGGGACAAAGGAGAGAAAGGCUUAAAAGGGGACAAAGGCCCCACAGGACCAAAGGGAGAUUCAGGUUCAGGCUCAAGCUUCAACACUGGCGUCUCAUCAGAGGCUGGAGAAGAUGGGCAGAAAGGUGAAAAGGGAGCAAAGGGCAGUUCCGGUUUUGGUUAUCCAGGCAAUAAAGGAGAGCGUGGGGCUCAAGGGCCUCCUGGGCCCCCUGGUCCUCCAGGACCUGCAGCUGAGGUGGUUCGACUUGGAGAUGGAUCUGUUGUGCAACAGGUGGCUGGGCCACCAGGACCUCCAGGUCAACCAGGAUUAGAUGGGCCUGCAGGACCUCCAGGAGCUGACGGAGAACCCGGUGAUCCAGGGGAGGAUGGAAAAACUGGUGCAGCUGGGCCACGGGGAUUCCCAGGAAAUACAGGAACAUCUGGAGCUAAAGGCCAAAAGGGUGAGCGUGGAGAGAGUCAGCCUGGACCCAGAGGGCCACCAGGACUACCAGGACCUCCUGGACCUGGCACUGUUUCAGCAUUUAUGGACAUGGAAGGGUCUGGAUUCCCAGAUUUGGACAAAUUUAAGCAUGUCCGAGGUCCACCAGGCCCUCCAGGUCCUCCAGGUCCUCCUGGGAUUCCUGGCACUUCAAUGGCAAUUGGGGCCAGUGGUCCCAUUGCCUUUGGCCCUCCUGGACCACCUGGACAAGAUGGAGCCCCUGGUCUACCAGCGCUGCCUGGUCCUCGUGGUGCACCUGGUCGACCUGGACCCAGAGGGGAAAAGGGUGACUCUGGUGAACUCGGCCUUCCAGGACCAGCAGGAGAAAAGGGUUCUCAAGGUGAGCCAGGGAGGACAGGUACACCAGGACAGAUUGGGCUGGCAGGGCUCCCAGGUCCCAUGGGGCCAGUUGGGCCUCCCGGACCUCCCGGACCACCAGGGCCACCUUACAGCAUUGAUAGUAGUGAUCAGGAUAAACAUAAAAUGAUUAGUGGCUUACCUGGACUAACAGGUCAACCAGGACCACAGGGUCCACCUGGAAUUGCUGGGCUGCCUGGUAAGCCAGGUUUGCCAGGUAACCAUGGUGACAAAGGAGCAGAGGGACCAAGAGGACCACCUGGAAUCCCAGGGAAAGAUGGAUUCCCAGGACUACCGGGUGAAAAGGGAGAAACAGGAAGGAAAGGGGAAAUGGGUCUGCCAGGAAGAGAUGGUGGACCACCUGGACCUCCAGGGCUCCCUGGCCCUCCAGGACAAGUCAUCUACAGGUCAAGGGACGAUUAUAACGAGUUAAAUGAGAACGACAGGUGGCAGGGUGAGAUGGGACCACCUGGCCCCAUGGGUCCAUCAGGUCCUCCUGGUCUAAAAGGAGAGAUUGGGUUUCCAGGUAGACCUGGUCGACCCGGACUGAACGGGGCUAAAGGAGAGAAAGGAGACUCAGGCAGUGGAUCUGGAUAUGGUUAUCCUGGUCCUCCAGGUCCACCAGGACCACCUGGGCCUCCUGGACCUCUUGCUCCGGUUGACAAACUUGCAGAGUAUGAAGAUUUCUACAGGUAUUUUUCUGGGGUCAGGCCCAACUUUGAUAUCCAUUCCUUCAAGAAUGAUAUGAAAGGGGAGCCAGGAAGUCCAGGUUUAAAAGGAGAAAAAGGAGACCCGGCAGGAGGAUAUUAUGGAGUACCUGGAGCACCAGGAGUUCCUGGCACUCCCGGUCCAAAAGGUGACUCCAUCGUUGGCCCACCAGGUCCUCAGGGACCACCUGGUCCUCCAGGACCACCUUUACCUGGUAUUUACAGAGGCACACAAACCAUCAGUAUCCCUGGACCACCAGGACCACCCGGACUGCCUGGACACUCAGGGGUGACAGUGCUAAAGAAUUAUAAAACCAUGACAGCAACGGCUAGAAGACAACCUGAGGGAUCACUGGUGUACAUAUUAGACCAAACAGAUCUGUACUUGCGGGUUCAACAUGGAUUCCGCCAAGUCCAGCUUGGGACCUUUGUUCCUUUGCCCAGUGAUAAUAGAAAUGAAGUUGCGUCUGUGGAGCCCCGAAAAGAUGUUUCCUACAACACAGUCCACCAAUCCAACUCUGCCACCUCCAUAAACUCCGCCCAAAUCUCUCCUGACAGUUCAGACCCACAGCCUGAUCUACGGUACCUAUCACCAACAGAUCCAAGGUUUCCGAGUUACAGUGAUCGGCUAGAGAAUCCAGAUGGAAGAUACUCCGUCUAUACUGGCCAGGAUCGCCUUGUGCACCCAGAUUCUCGCGAUGCAGUCCCCCCUCAGCGAAGACCACUUCCACUCGUUCCCCACAUUCCAGUUCAUCAUCACACUUUAGGUCCAGCACUCCAUCUGAUCGCCCUGAACAGCCCCCACACUGGCUCGAUGAGGGGCAUCCGUGGUGCAGACUUCCUUUGCUUCUCCCAAGCUAAGGCCAUUGGGAUGAAGGGAACUUUUCGUGCCUUCCUGUCUGCGAAACUCCAAGAUCUGUACAGCAUUGUCCGCAAGGCUGACAGGGAUCGACUGCCAAUUGUAAACCUAAAUGAUGAGGUUCUGUUUGACAGUUGGGAAGCCAUGUUAAAUGGCGGCAGAAUGAAGGACAAUGUGCGGAUCUAUUCAUUUGAUGGCAAGGACAUCCUCAGUGACAGCACAUGGCCUGAUAAAGUGGUGUGGCAUGGCUCCACCAGCACCGGUCACCGGCACAUGGACAACUUCUGUGAGACGUGGCGAGUUGAUGACAGGGCACUGAGCGGCAUGGCAUCAUUACUGCAAAGUGGCAGUCUGCUCCAGCAGAGCUCCAGCAGCUGCUCCAGCUCCUAUAUAGUGCUGUGUAUCGAGAACAGCUACAUGGGCCAGUCCAAGAGAUAGACACACUGGAUGAAGGCAAACCUUAAAUCAGCCACUCAGGCUUUUGUCCCUAUACUUGUAAUCUUUGUAUCGUAUGUAGUUUAUUUCUUUUGAUAUGGUGCUAAACCCCAUGUUACCACAUAGCACAGUAUAAGGAAUCCGUUGGGGUGCAACCUGGAAAAGUCGCCCAUCUGGGCUAUAAAUAAUGAAAAUUUAGUGCAGCCUCUAGUAAAUUAUUUUCAUAUGCACACUGGGUUAUCCCUCAGUAGCACUGACAUAAGUUCUGGUAGUUUUUGUUUAAUUACAUAAUUUUCCAAAAGCUUAACACCACAAAACCAUGGUUUUCCCCUAUUGUUUGUUGUAAUGACAACUUAAAUGCUAUUUAUUGUCUAUACACUUGGACAUAUAUAAAUUACCUGCACAUUAUUCUUAAGUGGGUACCACUAACUGUGUCCUGUGUACAUGAAAAUAUUCAAUCAACUCAGUACAGUAUAUACAUGUUAUACAGUAUCUGGAACAUGAAACAAAAGAAUCAAGAAACUUGUGUAUAAUUUACUGAUUUUGAUGUCACCUCAUUUUACUUUUAGGAAAAUCACAACUGUUUAAACUGAAAAGGCAAUUUUGGUUCUAAAUAAUACAGGCCUAAAUAGUGCAUUAACUUUAUUCAUAUACAGUAUUCGUAAGUCUUGAAGAGGAAAGAUUACGAAUUGAAAUACUCAUGAUUUUAAAGCCUUGUCUUGUGUCAUUAUGAAACACUUUGUAACGCACGUGCACUGACUUCUUGUAUAUGUACAGUAUUUUAAACUUGUUUCUCUCCACUGAUUCCACAGCACACACAUUAUUGUAGUUCUAGUCGAUUUAUUUUACCUCUACAAUAUUUUCCAGGUUCUAUUCAAGCAAAACAUUUUUUAUUUUUAUUAACAGUUUCUUGUUCACUUAAUAUGUGAGAUGUGAAUUCUUUCACAAAGACUAUUCCAAGAUUGGAUGUACAUUCUGAGUAGUAGAGGAUCCUGCUAGUAACACAAUUAAAUGGAUUCAACAAUAACUGUUUGAUGUUGUUGCUGUAAAAUGGUACAAUACAUAAGUUUUCGCAGUUUUCAUUCACUUUUCACGUUUCUGAGCGUUUCUGUACUGUUUUCAGUGUUCUUCUUUUGGAUGCAUCCUAAAAUACAGAAAUAGAAAAAUGUGCAAGUGAGUUCAAAGUUUAUCAUCAUAUAAAUAUCAGAAAUAGUCUGA